UGAUCUCCCACCGUGUGGGCCCAACGGCCCACCGGGCCUAGAUCUGACGCGCCCUGAUCGGGGGCGCCCAACCCAAUAUGGUUGUCGGGCCCCUGUCGCGAUGCGCUAUAUAAAGAGGUGGGGACUGGGGCACGCACUACGAGGUUCGUCUGCGUUGCCACCACCCCACCGACAACCCCAAGACCGAUCUAGGGUUUGCGCAGAAGCGACGGGAAGCUCCGCCGCCGCCGUCGCUCCCCGCCGUCCGCACCUCGCCCUCGCCGCCGGUCAACGCCGUCGACAUGACCGCACCGUCGAGCUCGUCGUCGAGUCAAGGAGAAGGAGGGUACUACUUGUUUGGAUGCAUCAAGGACGUGCCAACCCUCAGGGGUGACAACUACAUUGAGUGGAGAAAAAAAGUUUACCUGGCCUUUGUCUGUGCUGAGGUGGACUGGGUGGUUAACACUCCACAGCCACCAAAGCCUACAGAGCCAAUCAGGGAUGUGAAAGAUGAUGAUGAUGCUUGGGAGAAAAAUAAAAGAAAGUAUGCUCCAUUGGAGAUGUCAUACACCCUCGAGAACAAAAAGUGGCUCACCGCCAACAAAAAGUACAUGGCUUUUAUAAAGAGCACAGUUGAGCACGCUAUUAUGGGCUCAAUUGCAGAGUGUGCUUCCGUAGGGGAGUAUCUUGAAAAAAUAAAGAGCCAGUUCACUAGUUCUUCGAAGAUAUAUGCUACCCAGCUGCUAAAGCAACUAGUGACAGAAAAGUACACAGGAGGAGGACAUGGCAUAAGAGAGCAUAUCCUCAGGAUGAGCAACAUGGCAUCUAAGUUGAAGCCCAUGGAUGCUGAUCUAGAGAUUAAGCCUGCAAUGCUUGUUCAUCUGGUUAUGUCUUCACUGCCAAAAGAGUUUGACACCUUUGUUAUCAACUACAAUAUGAAGCCAGAGCGGUGGGACAUUGAAAAGACAAUAGCCAUGUGUGUCUAAGAAGAGGACAGAAUUAAAUCCGCAUAUGGUGGUUCUCUGAACUAUGUGAAGAAUAACAAGAAAAAGAACUUCAAUCAAGGCAAUCAAAGUUCCCCUUCAAAACCACCUGGUAAAGCUCCCAUGCAACAUCAGCAUCAGCAAAAAUCUUUUCCAGUGGAUAAAGAUACAUGCCUCCACUGCAAAAAGACCGGGCAUUACAAGAAAGAUUGCCCGGCAUGGCUAAAGUCAAUCAUGGCAAAGAAUGGGAUUCCUUUCGACGCGGACUACGCAAAGAAACGAAAGAUGCAUUGAAGUUGUAAAUGGAGUCCAAGCGGACGUAGAAGCUGUCAGCGACAUCUCCUUGGAGCUUCCCGAUGGAUUCACGAUCUGCUUAGAGAUGUGUUUUAUGUUCCUUCAUUACACAGAAACUUGAUUAGUGUUUCACGUUUGGACAAAGUUAAUUAUGAAUGUCAUUUUGGACAUGGCAAGUGUGACAUAUGUUUUAAUAAUGAUUGUGUGGGUGUUGCCUUGCUUCA